AUGAUUGCCCUUUUGUUCUCUCUGCUUGGCAUAGCCAUUUCGCUCUUCCUUGUCUUUUAUGUACAUGAUGCGUAUUUAGCUGUCAAAUAUCAAAGUUUCGUGGACCAGCAGAAAGAGCAAAUGCGUUCUGAUUCGAAAAAGCGUGUCGACCCUAAUUCUUUAUUCAUUGCUACAGAUUUAUCCAAGAGUGUGGAAGAUAACUGCAGAUUGGACUAUGAGUAUCAAGUGGCAUACUACUUGCAUACGGGAGUCGACAGAAGCUCAGACAAGAAUAGUGGCCGUCCUUCAAAGACUUUUGUUUUCCUUCACGGGCUGGGGGGUCAAAUGGCUCAGUUUGAAGGUUUGUUUAAUUUCAUUCCUAAAGAAUAUUCUGUAUUUUCAUUGGACUACUGUGGUUGUGGACUGUCGAAGCGAGCCUUCAAUUCCCACAUAGGACGAUCACCUCGUGAGCUAACUACAGAUGGGUUGACUAAUAUAAUUGAAAAGGUUAUCGAAAAGCACAUAUUUCCUUCCGACUCCAUUGUGCUCGUCGGGCAUUCCAUGGGUGCAAGUAUUGCUACCCGAUUAGCCAAACGAUUAGGGGGAAAAUGCGAGGCUCUCGUUUUGCUUGCUCCCAAGAACCGGUUCAAGAAAGGAGAACUUGAGUUGAUUCGAAGAAUUCAGAAAAUCCCUUCUCCUAUUUUUAGCCUUUACCGACUUUUCGAUCGUUGGAAGGGUCUCAAUAGUCCAUCCGUAAACCGUUGCUUUUCAAGCAAAGCUACGCCUGCCCAGCGUGCAAAGCUUUGGAUUUGGAACCGUGAAAGUGACACUUUUAUAUGGAAGAUGAUGCUGAUGGGUAUUGAAAGCGUUCUCACACCUUCUUUUGUUUUCCCUUCUGUACCCACUUUAAUUAUAACAGGAGACGAGGACUCUAUAUCUCCUCCAUCAGAAAAAGAACUUUAUCAAGACUUACAAAACGACUUUUCUUUUCAAGUCGUUGAAGCAGGACACUGCUUGUUAGUGGAAAAACCGCAUGAGAUAUAUCAGAAAAUCCAUAGCUUUCUACGACUUCCAAAUUAG